UGGCAGCAAGACAGGCAGCGAUCCGAUUGGUGAAGCGGCGGCGGCGGCGGCUGGACAGCGCCCGUGAACCAGCUGCAGCUUUGAGUUUUGUGCCGAACCGGGAGAAGCUGAGUCGAGCAAAAAGAAGAAGCAAAGUCACUGAAAAUAGGAACCUGUUGCCUAACGAGAUGAAUCCACUAGUCGUCCUCUUUGUCAUGCUCAGCGCAUUCAUCGCAGAGAUGGCAGCUUCGACUUACCAUUGGCAGAAACAACAGAAGCUGCCAAGGAAAAUUAGGCAUGACAACAAAGGUUGUGGCUGUUUGAAUGGGGGAACGUGCUUGACGUAUCGUCUGUUUUCUCGAAUUAAGUCCUGCGUGUGUCCUGAAGGGUAUAUUGGAGAUCACUGUGAGAUAGAUGUUGAAACCAGAUGUUACACCGGGGAUGGCACCGACUACAGAGGGACUGAGUCAGAGAAUGAGAAUGGAGAAACGUGUCUGCCUUGGGACUCCCACUAUCUCAAGAGGUGGCCCUACAAUGCACACAUGGAAAAUGCUCUGGAGCUUGGCUUAGGCAGACACAACCAUUGCAGGAAUCCUGAUGGCAGUUCUAAGCCAUGGUGUUUUGUUCGGAAGGGAUAUCGUACUUCUGUGACACCUUGUGACAUACCCACAUGUCAAAACGGCAGGACGUGUGGCCAGAGGAACUUAAGCAAGAACUUCAAGAUUGUGGGUGGGCAGACGGCCUCUAUUGAAUCCCAGCCUUGGAUAGCCACCAUUUUCUACUCCAGAGGGAAUCAGUUUUUUUGUGGUGGCAGCCUCAUUGACCCCUGCUGGGUCCUUACAGCAGCACAUUGCUUCACGGACACUGACCCUGAUAUAUCCAAGCUCAUAAUUAGGCUGGGGAGGUCUGCAACAAAUACCAGCAAUGCAAACGAUCAAGAAUUCAGAGUUGAGAGGCUUAUCAUUCACGAGGCGUUUUCAAAACAAACUAGAGAUUAUGACAACGAUAUCGCCCUAAUAAAAAUCAGAUCCUCUUCUGGCCAAUGUGCGAAAGAGUCGAGCAUUGUCAAAACCAUCUGUUUGCCCUCAGAGAAUUUAAUGCUGAGAGACCAUUCCCACUGUGAAGUUUCUGGCUAUGGAAAACAAAAGAAAACGGCCAUUUACUACUCACGAGUACUGAAAUCAACCAGUGUACAAUUAAUACCCCAGUCCACGUGUAAAAGAUACUACGGGGAUCGCAAGGUGAACGAGAACAUGCUCUGCGCUUCAGACCCGGAGUGGAAGUCUGACUCAUGCAGCGGAGAUUCAGGUGGUCCCCUCACCUGCAUGUCCAACGGCAGGAUGGUGCUCUAUGGGAUCGUCAGCUGGGGAGAUGGCUGUGCAAAGGAAGAGAAGCCUGGCGUGUACACCAGAGUCAGCAGAUACAUCCCUUGGAUUGACUCCAACAUGAAUAAAAUCCAUUUCAGAAGUUUCUACCCUCCGAAAUGAAAGGGGAGGGGGGCGUUUUCCUUUGCUUGGCGUUAGCCAUGAUGUCAGACACGUGGAAUUUGAGCCAAGUCUUUGCAGGUGUUGAAAUGCCAAGCCCUGCGUUGGAGUUGAUGGCUCUUUGUGGGAUUCAUUUGUUAAAGUUCGGGCAAUUUCUCUUUGGAGGGACAGAUGCUCAACCCAUUGCUGGGAACAAUACAAAAACUAUCCCAAGACAUUUAACUAAGACAUUUAAGUGGGAUUUAAAUCAUGUCCCACAGAAGAGUUGGCGUGAUACAAUCAGUGGGUUUUUUAAAAAAAGAUUUUAGUAAGGUUUUAAAAUCGAUAAUUAACUUACUAACAGAUGGCGCUGUUGUACAGAAAUGUACAAUUUGAUAUUAUUUUAAAAUAUUGCAGUAUUAAUCUGAAUGAAAUUUAGAAGACUUUUAACAGUGCAACCCUGUCAGGUUGAUAUUUGCUAUAUUUAGCUGACUUUUUAACUGCCUUUUU